AUGCCUAGCGACACGCGCCCCACACAAUUUGGAACACAGGCCGACCAUAUUGACCCCGAAUUGUUACGCCAAUUAAAUGCCAAAAGAGAUGUUCUCGUAAACGCGUACGAACAAAUUGCACAGGCACUCAGAGUUGCGGCCAAAGCAUGCGACGAAUUCCAGGCGCUUAUUCCAAGGGACGUAGGAAUUGUCCCCAGUGAGACUCACACUUCUAUUGGACAUCAGCCGAGGAAAUUUAAGAAACCUCAAGUUAAGGAUCCGAACGCACCAAAAAGGCCAAACACGGCAUAUAUCCUUUUUAGUAACGAAAUUCGUGCGGAGACCAAGGCAGAUAAUCCCCACGCCAACCAAAAAGAAAUUGUCACUCUCAUCGGUCAGAAAUGGAAAGCUUUAUCUCGUGAACAGAAGAAGGUUUACGAAGACCGAUAUUUUGCUGACAAAGAACGAUACGACGAAGAACUCCGUGCAUACCGUGCGGCACAUGGUCACGUGGAUUCACCGCCGGAAACUUCAUCGAAUGAAGACAACGGGGAUCACAAUGCUUCGUCAUCAAAACAAGUCACCUCUUCUAAUGCCUAUUCAUCUCAGAUCCCUAUUGUAUCCACGUCAGGGAAUCAGAUUAUGACGGGUAGUAUUUCAGUACCUCCGACGGAGGCGGAGACCACUGCUUUGAUGGAGACUAUUGCGGGUGCCUUUCUAACAGAUGCCGAUCAAAACGUGUUUAUGGAAUCGACAGAGGCUAUUCAAGCUAGCACACCGACACCAUCCUUUCCCGAGAGUUCGAAGAAACGUUCUCCUAAUUUGGAGUCGGAGGACGUUUCGAAGCAAAACGAGUCAGUGCCGACGGCGAAAAGAACCCGAGCUUCGUCAAAAAAAGCAACAGAGUCUGAGGAUGUUUUCAAUCCUCCGGAUGAUUCCGGUGCUACCGGCGAACCCGAGGAAGUCACAAGCACACCGAAGAGGACGAGAACAAAGCGAGGAGCCUCUAACGGAGCAACAGCAACUCAAACUAAAGCUGUCACUUCCACCCGUACCAGACGCGGCGGCAAAGUUUAA